UGAAAUUGCUCGAUUCCGUUCACCGUGCGCGGACGUUGCCCGUCACGCUCUGGGAAACGCAACUACUUCCGCAUUGACGCCCAUUUUGAAAUCCAAACUUUAUUGACAAACUUGAACCUUCUCGACGCUUGAUUAACGGUAAAGUACGUCGUAAUAGAUCAUAAAAUAGUAAUACGUACUCGCAUUUAUAGUUCUUGUAGACACCUAAUAUGCCAAAUCUAGUUUUGUCAUUUGGAGUUUGAUUAUUCAUCCGCUCGCAAUAUGGAAGAGGAUAAUUGUAGUGGUAUAAUAACACAUAUCGCAUUUAGCAUUUACCGCGCUGUGGAAUAGCAUUUGUCCUCUUGUCAAGUUGUGACUUUUUUCCCCCCCUCUCGGUUACCCAGUCCCCAUUUCAAGAAAAACGUAACCAAGCCCCUUGUGUACCUGGCAACUAUUUGUGACGUCAUCCAAUUUUACUUUGGGCUUUUCCCACUCGCAUCUUCCCGGUCAAAAAAAAUUCCACUGUAACAGUCUUUAUAUAAUCCAAGAGUCAGGGAAACAGAUGGAUGGGAAUUCUCCCCCCCCCCACCCCCCACCACCCUCCAGCAGUAUUAAGAGAAAACGGGAGGGGCAGAGCGUGGAUGAAAACAUCUGAUGGGAUGCCAGUUUAGCGGAUGAGAGCAAACAUUUGGUGAUUGGAAAAGGAUUAUGGGAUUACCGACGCAGCUCACUGGCCGCACCAAAGUCCGUCCCAUCGUCGGCAUCGCCAUCGUCGUCAUUUGCUCGCUUCGACUCUCUGGUUGGAAUGUCGGAGGCUUCCGGAGCAACGGUGCGGCGGCGCUGACUUGAGCGCAUCCGCGGCUCCUCCGCAAGUGGUGGCGCUCUCCAAGCGAAGCAUGCGACUUGUCUUGGCCGGCCUUCUUUGGCUGGCUCCAGCCUUGGGUUGGCCUUCCUCGGUCUCGGCGGCGGCGGCGAGCGCGCGCUCAUGUCCCCGCCGUUGCCUUUGUUACGAGCACAGCGACCUGGUGGACUGCCGCCAGCGCGGCCUGGGCCACGUUCCCGGGGCUCUCCCGCACGGCACCUGGCUGCUGGAGCUGGGAGGAAACAACCUGACCGAAAUCCGCAGCGGAGCCUUCGCCGGCCUGUGGUCCUUGCGGGUGCUGGUGCUGGCCAACAGCCAGAUCCGGACCCUCGGAGCGCAGGCCUUCCUUUCCCUCUCCUACCUGGAGAAGCUGGAUCUGAGUGGCAACCGGCUGACGCAUCUCCCCGCUGACUUCUCGGUCAGCCUGUCCGCGCUCAGGGAGCUGCGACUGGAGCGCAACCACUUGCAUCAUCUGUCCACGUUCAGCUUUGAGUAUCUGGACAACGUGGAGAAAUUGGACCUGAGCCACAACCGUCUGGCGUCGGUGGGCCCGGGCGUCUUCGGGGGCCUCUCCAGACUCAGGCAGCUGGACUUGCACGGCAACAGACUCUCGGUGGUGCUGCGAGGAAGCCUGGACAUGCUGCCCGGACUGGAGGUGCUGCGGCUGAACGGCAACAACAUUUCCGAGAUCGACUCGGAGGCUCUGGCUCCUCUCUACAGCCUGGCCCUCCUGGCGCUGGACGGGAACAACCUGCAGCAUCUCAAAUUCAAAGCCUUGCUCAGUCUGCGCACGACGGCGACGCACAUCCGCCUCGCAGGGAACCCCUGGAGCUGCGACUGCGAGCUGCACCGCGUCUUCAGCAAGAUCCUUCACGUCCGCCAUCUCCACGUGGACGACUACGGCGACGUGACCUGCGGGCGGCCCCCGCGGCUGGCCGGCGCUUCUCUGGCCGGGGUGGACGGCCAGCUGUGCGUGGCCGAGACCGCCGUGGUCCUCGUCAUCACCGUCACCGUGCUGGUCACGGUGGCGGCGGCCGUCGUCAUGGCGGAACGCAACAGGAAGAGGAACCGCGGCGAGAACUGGGACACCGAAUCCCAAAACCACACCCAUGGUCCCUUGAGGGCGGGGUAA